AUGCCUCCAAAACAGACACCGUAUCAAUUCAAAAAAGGCCUUACUUAUGUUAAACCGCUUCCAAAUAUAAAUAAUGAAGAACCUUCAGACGAUGAGCUUAAUGCGAAACGGGAAGAAGAAAGACCUCAAAUUGUAGUAUUAAAAGAAGGAAAACACAUGAGCGAACAAGAAGUCAAAGUGUAUCUGGACUCUAAGGCGAAAUCUAAAGAAAAGGACGGCAAUAAUAAAUCAUUAUUUAAUGUUUUGAUUAAAGAAUCUUCGGAGGAGGAUGAUAAGGAAAGUGAUGUAGAUGAUACUCCUAUUAUAGAUGAGAAAACGGGGAAACUCCUUUUUCGCAAACCAAAAACAAAAAAAGCGUCUAAAAAAAGUAAAUCAGAAACGAUCGUUGGAUCUCAUUCAAAGGCAAAAAAUGAAUCGAAUAUGUCUAUAAAAUCAAUUAAUGAAGCCAUUGAUGUGAUGAAACGAAAGCGAGGUGAUAGCAAGGAUGAUACUGAAAAAGAUACUAAUUCAGAAAAGAAGGCUAAAACAACAAAAAAGAAAUCGCGAAAAGCAAAAGUCCAUUUGAGUUUUAACAAUGAUGAAAUAUGA